AUGAUCAAAGUUCUUUUGUUCAUCACAACAAUUGCGAUUGCAUUGUGUAGACAAUGCGAUGAAGAUAUUGUCGGCUUUCGUAAACUCGGAAUGCAUCACACAGCCGAUUUCGAUGGCGAGAGAUAUGCAAAAGUAUUUUAUUUGUCAACAGAUUUUGAAGGUAAUUGGAUGGAUGCAAGAAGUUUUUGUAAAACAUUCGACAUGGAUUUAGCAUCAUUUGAAACCAGCUAUGAGUUCUCAAAUUUUGGAAGGUUUGCCGUGAAAAGUUUGCAUUAUUUUGAUAAAUGGACACACAUUGGAGGAAUUUCUAAAACAGUUGGAAAAAAUCGCGAAUGGUAUUGGAUUGCUACAAAUCGUCGUGUUAGUUAUCCAUUAACUUUUGCUGUUGGACAACCAAACAAUUAUUUGGGGCGACAAAAUUGCCUCGGAGUAUCAAAGGAAGAGAAAAUGUUUGAAUUUCAAGACAUUGAUUGCCAUGGACGAUUCGAAGAAAAAUUUAUUUGCCAGAAGAUUUGUCAUUUCGAUUGAAAGCAAUAAAAAAAUGUGCAAC